AUGCUUACUGAUAAUAAAGUGCGGACUCUUCAUUAUACAUUAUUGUGUACAAUAUUUUAUCCAUAUGUACUUAUAGAAUACAAUGAAAACAUUAUUAACCUGUCUUUUUUAAUUUCGCCUUGCUAUCUUUAUAUUCGGCACAAAAGACUUCGUCGUUGUCAACGUCCAGGACGUAUUUUUCUUGUUCGACAUGGUCAGUCUCAAGCAAAUGUUGACAGAACUUUAUAUGCUCGUAUGGCUGAUCAUGAUAUUGAAUUAACUGAAAAAGGUUGUGAACAAGCUCUUGAAGCUGUCCAUAUAAAUAAACGUUCAAAACAAACUUGGUCAUUUAUACAAAAAUCAUUUUCAUCAUUACAAAUUAUAAGUGAACGUGAAGAUCCACGUUUACGUGAACAAGAAUUUGGUAAUUUAACUGAUUUAAAAACACGAUCACAAGUAUUGAAAGAACAUGAUCGUUUAGGACAUUUUUUUUGUCGUUUUUCAUGUGGUGAAAGUGGUGCUGAUGUAUAUGAUCGUGCAUCAUUAUUUCUUGAUACAUUAUUUCGUGAAAUGGAUAAUGGACAUCAUGAUCCAACACAAAAUAUACUGAUUGUAUCGCAUGAAUUAUUCUUACGUUUAUUUCUAAUGCGUUAUUUUCAUUGGACUGUUGAUGAUUUCAAUAGAUUGAAAGCAUAUGAUAAUUGUGAAAUAUGUGAAUUAAUUUAA